ACGCUUAGCGUGUGAAGGGAUGAAACGAGUUUCAGGGUCGCACAUGGCGUAUCUGCCAGCACGUCGCUAACCUGUGGGAAGUGCGACUUUGCUUCCUGCUUCGUUGAACCUUCCAAUUACAACAGCAGUGAAGAUAAACAUUUCUCCAUAGGAGACAAGCCGGAAAACCGCCUACUGUCCUAUUGUAUAUUGUUCGCCGACGUUACGCCCCUAAGCCUCAUGCUGCAAUACACACAACAAUCGAUAUACUAGGCGACAUUGGCCAACAAGUAUCGCCUUACACCACCUAUAUCCUUUUAUUUCUUUUUGGAUACAACUCUGUCCUUGCUCAAGAAUAUCUUCCAUUUUUGUCAUGGCUACCACCAGCCUACAUUCCGUGGCUGCUGGAUGGCAACGACCUGGUCAAGUCCAUCCACAGCCAGGACAAAAACUGGCAGACCUCGUCUCCAAAUUCGAGGGCCUUGAGAAAAAGCCAAAGAGACCAUCCGUUCCAUCGGAAGUGAAACUUAAGCCUGUUAACACCAAACCGCCUGGAACCGAUUCCUUAUCUCUGUCUCGAAGUGCGACCAGCAGCUCUCAAACUGGGAGAGCUGAGGCCAAGGAUUCAACUCCAUCUUCAGUCAAAUCACAAUCACUGCAUAUAGUGGGAGGAAAAAGCAGAAAGGAAUCGCUACAUUCGUCGGGGAUUACGAAACUUGCGACCUGGAAGCUCCAGCCUAAAGUCGAGAUCAAAGCACCCACCUAUGCAAAGGGUAACAUGCCAACUUCAGUGGCAGAAAGAAGAAAGGCAUUUGAAUGGAUUGAAAAUGGCACCAAAGAUCAAGCUCGAGCUCCCCGUUCGCCACUUCGACCCAUGGCCAAGUCAUGUUCAAACCUAAGUACACCUACUAAGGCUAUCAUUUUCAAGUCUACAAUAUCAAUUCAAGAGAAUGAGAAUAGUACCGGUAUCAAAAACUCUCAAGAGGUGCAAGGCCCAAGCGCGCCGGCGGCUCUUGUAAAUCAGGAACCUCGUAACACUUUCCAAGACAGUUCCCUUCGACUGACUGCGACGAUCUCCGAUGAAAUUCAACAAAACCAACCUAUUGAUAAAAAUGAAUCGAAAAUAGGAGACCCGAGUUUGGCGGAUAUAGCAGGCCUCCAAGAACAAGUUAUGUCAUCUUCCAAUAUCUCCACUUCGCCUAGGCUGCCAACCGGCGAUGAGCAUGUUAUCGGAGCCUCUGUGGAAGAAAAAGACACGGAUUUAAUGCUCAUAGAACCUUCAAAAACUCCCAAACAUAGUGCUGGUUCUCCUCAUGAGACACUCGAAAAUCAAACCACAAAUCAGGUCAGCACAAGCCCGGCCGCGUCGAGUCUUAACACACCAAUAUUCACCGAGGAUGAGAUUGAAACACUGUUCUCUAAGCUAAGUGAAGAGCCAAUUUUUGGACAGAAAAAUAAUCACAACUAUAUUUGCUCGUCUAAGUCGCAUGGAGCUUUGCUGCACUCUGGCUACCAAACCGAUGCAGACCUCGGAAGUACUCUCCCACGUUCUGCCACUACAGAGAUUGAUACAAGUAUAAAGCGACACGAACUUGGACCAUGUUAUCAACAGGAGCUAAGCAAGAGAGAAUCUACUCUUGAGUCGCAAUGGACGAAGGGGUGGUUUCCCCGGCGGGAUCGAGGGCAGAGGCCAAGUCUAUCCCAUCAGGUGGCACAUGCGGAUGAGACAAAGAAGAUACCUGUUCGAACGAAGGAGACAAUUGGGCUUUUUGAAUCCUUGACAUAUAAAACAUCAAGUUCAGUGCUACUAUCGAAGCCACCACCUCCAUCCAGUUUCGUUAGCUCCGAAUUGGCAGACGAAAUGCCACCACCGACUGAUACCCGGAUGGACAAGCCGAAGGCAACAUCACGCGGAUGGUCAGGUUCCUGGAAUCGUAGGAGUCAAAGAAGGGGUGCAGGAGUAACUGGAAUGGAUACUACAAAGCACGAUGGUACAAGCCGAAAGCGAAAAACUUGGACCUUAGGGAUCGCAAAAGCUGACCUUAGCGACCGUGAGGAUUGCCAGCAGAUUGAUAGUGCUGAUGAAGGUGGCCCCAAAACGAGAUCGAAGCGAAUCAUAUCCAGCAGGUAUUGGUCUGAUAGGAUAGGGAACCGAUCAGAAUUAGCUCCUCAUGCCGCCAAAACUCAACACGGCAUCAGAGAGAUACAUAUUGAGGAUGUGACGCAGGAUAAAAUGCUAUUCAUGGAAGCAGAUAUGAAUUCCAUACAAGUUCCUCGCACGCGAGCUCGGCGAUGGUUCUCUCGCAGUACUAAGAAUAUUGUGUUGGGAUCAACCGCCGAACUAAAAACGCCUAUGCCGAGAAGAGGGAGCGAAGUACGGCGCAUUAUUAGCCUGUGUAAGGGAAAGGUUGUUGGGCACUGGCAAGAAUCCGAAGACGGAUGCAAACAUGGAGAGGGACAAACUUGAUACACUGUAUACAUUUGAUGGGAAGAGUUGAUGGAAAGAGACGACGAUAUUCCUAUAGGCCGAGAGGCUGCAUUGUACUUCUGUAACACUAAAAAGCAAUAUGUCUUAAAUGAAGAGGGUGUAUUCUUAAAUUACACCGGUAUUUCCUGCCGUAUUCCAUAAGGAAGACUCAGAAAGGUCAUGUAGUUCCUGUAUGAUGUUGGCGUCUUGGCCAAACCUGUCACGAAACUAGGCACAAUCUCAAGCAGUUUUUUCAAGUGAAUUCCUGAUCGUAGAACCGGAAGCAAAACGAUCAAUUUGCGAAAGCUCGAGAUCAAUAGGAUCGCUGAUGGUUCUUGGAUGGGAUAUACUUCCUUCGUGAUACAAUGUCCCGUGUGAUCGACUAGUGAUUUCAUGGUUGAAGUCGGUGUAUCUGUCAAUCUUGGGUCCAGCAGGUGGCUAGUUUGAGUGUGAAGCAAAUGGACGUUUGACGAAGGUUAAAGACACAUCAGAAGGAGUUUGGUAAUUUGAGCCACUGUUGGCACUUCCAUCCAGCAUAGAAGAAGCCGAAAUGCGUUGGGCUGCAAGAGAACCAAGUGGAAGAAUGAUGACAACUGAUGUAACGGUAAGAGACCCCACCUCAAAAUCUAUACCUUUGGACCAUUCCAAACCAGCGAAGACGGCUAGAUAGAUUAGCGGCGAAUGACACAAGCUUAAAUUGAGUCGACUUACAUGGUAUAAGCAUGAGAACACCGUUGGCCAUGAUGAGAACCUCCAUUGGAGUAACUGUUGAGCGAUUGGGCAGAAUGCCUCGAUUUGAAAUCAUGUGGAAGAGAAGCUUCGCGUUGAAUAUGGCGCAGAACCAGAAGAUAGAAGCGGUGUUCAUGAUAAUGGCCCAGUUGAAGCCCCACGAGAAGUAUACGGGGGGGAUCAGGGUGAUGAUUGCUCGAUUUUGAAUAACAACGAGAGCAAAACGGCUACCUAAAGUAAGAAGAGUCACGAUGACUGAAGUGACCGAGACAGUGUACUUGACUGAAGGAGGCCAGAAGGUGACCAUGGUCCACGCUUGGCUCAUAAGAGCAGCUUCUGUUACCGCAACCUGUACCAUAGAAAACGUGGUUGCAACGACCGCAAUACGAGUAUCAGAGGCUGGGAUGUUUCGAUAAUCUUGGGCCCAAGUCUCAUAAAAUCGGUUGGCAUGAGCAUGCAUGCUGGUGUACAAAAGACUCAUCCUGACGAUGGAAAUGACCAGACCGGAAAUAUGGAGGAUUGUAAGCAGGCGUCUCAAUUUGACAGACGGGGUCAUGAAUAGGACGACAAAUAGCAUGACAACCGUCGCUCCUAGCUGCGCUCCGUAGUUGGCACUGGUCGCAAGGUUGGAGUCGUUGUAGAAAUCUAUGUCGGGUAUUGGGAUUGCGAUGCUUGUUAUUCCGUCCGAAGCAAGAAUGGUGGCAUUUUGCGUAUAAGGAUCGAAGGAAGAUUGAAGAGGAAGCUGUUCCAUAUUCAGAUGCUUGACGUCCAGCGUCUUGAAGUGGAUGGAGGCUAUUGGGAAGUUGAUUGGUGGAAUUGAGAAACCAAUCCAAGAUGGUGUAAGAGAAGACGUUGCCAACUAGUCAAAUGAAAGCAGAAAUAUAAGGAACAUAAAAUGAUCAAAGAUAAUUAUUAGAAUUGAAGAGCUAGGCAGAGUCGGCUAGAUAUAUAGGUUGGUGGAAGCAGUAGGAAGACUUGCAGCCAUUGUCCACAGCCAACUUGUAUGUUGUCACAAAACUGACCACGCUCUGUUCCAUUACUGACAAUCCUUUUACAUUUUAAAUGCUUUCACAAUCGGAGGAAUCCCGAUGCUCGCGGCUCGUCUCCUAUGCUGAAUGGCAAGCUGCCGCAUGUAUUGUGUACUUGGACGGCUCAGAUGGUGGCGGCGGGGCCUGGGGCCUUAGUAUUGUUCUUGCGGGGCGCCUUAGUAUUGUGGUGGACGGAAUUGCAACGCCAGAUCCCGUGUAAUGCUAGCUGUGGGAGGUACAUGUACUUUUGGAGUAAAUAGAGUUUUUUGGGGGGAUUCUCUCUUUGGAAGAUUUGUAUAGGAUGUAGCCUUGGUUGUGGGAGAUGGGUCGGCGCAAUGUUGACUAGUCGUGCCUGGUAGAAGCAGCGCCCGCCUAGGUUCAAGGACUCCAAGUAGCGUUUUAUAAUCAACGUUGCUAUCAUUUCCAGAAAUCUGAAUGGAAUUAUCUUAUUCUAGAUGCUGUCUUUAUGUUUUGUUGCUGCUGCCGCCCAGGCGUGAUCCUUUUCUCAGCACUGAGACAAGUAAGUCAGGGUCCUGGUAGCCCAGUGGUGCAUUAAAAGCCACGACAACAGAGAACAAUGCUAAGCCCACCUCUAGAGGCUGUUUGCUUAAUAUUCGACCUGUUGCCAGCGGGAGCUUGCUUGCCGCUCGUCGUUCCGCUGCUAGUUGCCGCGCCCCCCUCGAUAGGCCAUUCUGCAUAUGUACUAUGCCUAGUUAGCCCUGUAUUCGUCUACACGCGGGCUGGUAACAUGCCCAUCCCCUCUCCAAUCUUCUUAGCUAGAGCCUUUUUCAAGUACCAUUCUCUGGCUAGUGAUCUUGUCCUCUUGGCGAAGACCGCUGGUGUGAUUUUUCCCUUCUCCAAGGCACGCCCUAGCAUAAAAAUGGCAUCUCCCAGUGCCCGUUCUUCCGCGACUAGCGCGUAGAGUUGAUUUGCUACCACGGUUGGUGCUACCAGCAGCUCAUCAAUAUCGGGCUUGGAGUGGUUGCGCGAUCCAUCAAUGAUUGCAUCUGCCUUGUGCAUAGCAUCGUGGAGGAUGUUAGUGUUCGAGGUUAAUACAUUUGAAAGUUGAGUAAGUUGGCUAGCCUCUGAUUGAAGAGCCGAAAUGGCUCCAGUCAUGGCUGCACGUUGAGCGUUCAAGCCCGCCAUGCUCGAUUCAUUCUGCUGGCGGCUCUGUUGGCGCAUAGCGGCCAGAGUAUAUGCAAGUUGCCGGAGCAGAGCAUCUUUUUCCGGAUUAGGAGGAAUAGGAGGUGCCUUUACUAUUGACGGUGGUGGAAUGUCUAGUGUUAGGGGAUCAUCAAGUAAUAAGUCUGCAGGGGGAGGGGGAGGCUGGUGCUGCUGCGGUUGGGUGUUUGAAAACGGAACUGACCCAUGGUUAUGAUAUGCCACAGGGUGGCGGCCAUGGUCCUGAUUUCCCUGAACUGACUGUUCCUGCUGGCUACCCCAUGCGCCAGUCUGCCGGACUGGUGUCCAUUGUCCUUGACUGUAUGAGGGGGCUCCAUCCAAAUUUUCCACGGCUUGGAGCUCCAUGGGUUGAUUGCCGUGUAUGGAGUGCUGCAAUGACGCACUGGGGUGAUGGCGUUCCUCUGGAGGCGAUUGAUAUGCUACGGGAUGUUGAGAGGCUCGACUGCCAGGCGGAGGUGGAGGCUGCUGAUGCGACAGAUGGGUUUGUGGGGGGAGAGGUGGCGCAGACUCAUAUCUUGAGGGAAUCCGUGAUUGGGGCGUCUGUUUUGGCAAAGGUGGCUGUGGAGGCCCUGCGGAUAAUGAAGAACCUAUGGCGUGGUGAGGCGACUUCGGUGGAGGACGAGGCCCAGCCGUAGAAGCUGACGUGGUAGAACUCAGGUAUUCAUUCGGCCGUGCUGUCGUAUCUUGUGAUAACCGGGGAGGAGGAGGAGGCGGGGGGGACGCGAUUUGACUCGGGGUUGCAGGAGUUGGUCUGCCUUGUUGUCGCGCAACCACCGGCGGUUCUUUGGCGAAUACGUCUGUUAAUAUUGCCAUGAAGUCUUGCAGGGUUGAUUUCUAUGUGAUUUGUGAGUCUUUUUUCAUGCAAAAGUCCAUAUAAUGUCAACUUACAUCCCAAAACUGCGCCCAUCCAACAAGAUACGGGUGGUAUACUUGGCCUUGCGGGUCAACAUGUUGGCCGGGCCGCACUGUCAUGGUUUCGGUGGGAGUGACAUAUAUGAGAGGUGGCUCUCGCGGGUAAGCGUGAGGUACCCAUACUGAGAGAGGAAAUCUAUACGUGUUGCCGCGGAAGUUGACGGGUAUUGUGCCAGAGAGAUGGAGGAGCAAGGCGCUGGAGCCAUUGGAAAAUGCUGUCACUCGUUAGACCUCCAGUGCGAUGUUCCUCUAGCAGUUCGCUUACUAUGGACGUCGGUUCGGGGGGACAAAGAUGGAUAUCGAGUUAAAACUUGUGCGACAUCGUCAUAACAGCGGUUCACAUCGUGAUAUUCCUGCGCAGUGGUUAAUUUAUGUUCCUCAGAGUUGCUCACGCAAACGUACGCUAGUUAGGACACUAUACAGCCAGUUCAGCACGUGCUGCUGAACAGGCAUUUUGACAGUGAGUUAAAAUAAAAUUCAACGGUCCAUAUAUAUGGCACUAUAGAAUUAACCAAGUGAGGCCACAGUGUUGUGCGCUUUGUAAGGUGACGUUGUUAAUAGCUAGGCCUCACGAGGUUACGUAGCUGCUGGGUCGCCCAAGACGCGGGGCGGGGACUAGUUGACUUUUGGC